AUGGAUCAACCAUGUGAGAUUCAUUUGACUGCAGCAAAAAGGAUUCUUUGUUACAUCAAGGGCACUCUAAGUUAUGGAUUAAUGUAUGAGCAAUCUAAGUCAUUUUCCUUGAGCGGCUUUGUAGAUGCAGAUUGGGCUGGUGACGUGAAUGACAGACGCUCCACAUCAGGUUUCUGUUUUACAAUAGGUUCUGUUGCGAUUUCCUGGUGUAGUAAAAAACAAUCUACAGUUGCUCUUUCUAGUUGUGAGGCAGAAUAUAUAGCAGCUACAAUGGCUACUCAAGGAUGUUUGUGGCUAAGGAGACUUAUUCAAGAAAUGGUGACUACUCAAAGUCAUCCAAUUCAAAUUUAUUGUGAUAAUAAAAGUGCAAUAAAACUUGCAGGUAAUCUAGUAUUUCAUGCUCGUUCCAAGCACAUCAAAACCCAUUACCAUUUUGUUUAUGAGAAAGUGUUAUCUCAAGAGAUUGAGUCACAUAAAAUACGAACCGAUAAGCAAGUUGCAGACAUAUUUACUAAAACACUUGCCCAAACUAAAUUUGAAGCUUUUCGCAAGGCUUUUGGAGUUAUUGAGAAAUAA